GCUCAGGCAAAGGAUAGGAUCGAAUGGAAUCCUUGACCUGCAAAGCUUGCGCUACUUGUCAUAUGAGGAAAAAGCUGCUUUGAGGGAACAGUCUUACCACUAUGGAAACACCUAGUGAUACCUCAAAAAUCCUUGAGAAGGGUCCGGAGUAUCUUCGAAAGCAAAUGGAACUGGAAAAUGAGGUGAAAGGACCCAUGAGUGCGGUGGAAAGGCUUGCCGCCAGCAAGCCCAAAUAUGUGAAGAGCCAACAGGUGGUCAACGCGACUCAAGAACCGGUCAUCAGCCUCGGCUCUGCAUCCAUUAGCAGCACCGGAUCCUCUGACCGGAGCGCCAAGCGUCUCCAGGAGUCUCAACAAAAGACCUCCUCAGCCGGAAAUGUACGUCGCUCCAGCUCCAAAAAGCGACCCGACUCCCUUUUACUUUACAGACAGAAAUGUGAACUAUUGAGAAGUGCUGGACAUGACCGUAAACAUCACAUAACGCGUAAACUUCUUCUUAACGCCGCAAAUAAAACCAUUCCCUUACCUGAGACAGCAGAAAAGGAAUGCGAGAAUGAGGGCGGCGUGGAAAAAGUCAACCCACCAGAGGAAUACAGCUCUAGUGCAACCACUUCAACCCUUGAGAGGAGGACUAAUGUGGUAGGACACGCUACCAAAUGCAUGGAUCGGGGGCAGAAAGGAGCUUUCAGUGGCCUGAACACAUCUGCUAACCUCCUGAAGGUUCCGAUCAGGAGGAGCAAAGGAGUCGGUCGUUCCCGCUCGGACAUCAGCUCCAGGUAUUCCAAAAAUUUUGCAGACUUUGAUGCCUUUUUCAAGUACUGCGGCCUGGAUGGGGAAGUAAUCGAGUCGCUGGGGAAGGAGAACUUUUCGGCACGCUCGGACGAAAUUACGACAAAGCUGCGAAGCGUCAGCAUGUCCGCCUCGGACGACGGCUUCUCCAGGAACAGCGACGACAGCGACGGGCUGCUGGAGGACGUCUUGCAUAAAAAGAUACGGCAGGGGACGUCUGUUAUUGAGCGGAAUGCACGGAUUAUCAAAUGGCUGUACAGUUGCAAAAAUGCUAAAGAGAGCGGGAAAAAGUUAAGAGACCUUGACUAAAACGUAUUUGGGGCGAGUCUAUGAGGUGGGUGUCCCUUGUGAGUGAAGAAAAUACUCAUCGGAAAAAUACAGAAAAAAACAGUUAUGUUUAAAGGCAAAAUUUAUAGAUUUUUACUUCCUACAGAGAGAGAGCAGAGUUUGGGGAGUCAUGGAGGCCACCAACCUUAAAUUUUCUGAGUUGAGGCUUACUGUGCCACACUUUGAAAACCCUUGCCCAAGAAAAUACAGACUGUUGACCUCACUUUGCAUUUGUCUUUGCCUCUACCAAGCACACGUGUGCAACAAAUGUGAAAGGUUUGUUUGUUUGGUUGGUUGGUUUUCGCAGUAACUGCAAAACCAAUUUCUGUGAAACGUUAGAUAUUGGUGGUACAUGUGCAAAUUAAGAGGUGCCAGAGCAUUUCAGGGGCAGCACAACAGUUUGACUUCAAUAAACAUUGCUGUCGAGCUGCUAAACUACCUCCUGAUAUGUUUAAAGGCUAAAUGAAUCGAUUUUUGCUUCCUCCAUCGAGAGAGCAAACAGUCUGGCGCGAGCAGAAAACGCCACAAAAUAUGCUCCAGAAACUCAGGGAGGCCCCCAACGGUAUAUCCCCUUCCUUGAAACUGUGUUGGCGGGUGGCAUACAUGGAAAGAAGGAAUCAUACAAUUUUGGUGCAAAUCUGACAAAAUAUUUUCAGAAAAAGACCAGUGUUUGACAAUGGAACCAUUCUCUCCACUCCUGAAUCAAUAAUGGUACAGUCAAGUCAUCUUACAUCAUCUUCCGUGAACCAGGAAAAAAGUUUUUGAAAGUGCUGUAUGUGUUCGUACAUGUGUGUGUCUGUGUGCAAUGUGUGUACCAAUGUUCCCUUCGGCCUUCAAUGAAGAAUCCGAAAUUGCAUCAGACUCUGCAGCAAUGACUCUGCUCAAACUCCCUAACCUGAGUUUUUGUCUCAUGUGGGACUGACUAGACAGCAGACACAUGCUAACACGACACUGCUGUUUGCUACUUUGUACCUUUGCGUUUACAUCCAGGGUAACUUUAUCACACUUCCUUGUAAGUCUGUCUGCAUUGUCUCAUUGUCAUUUUUGUUACAAUGGUGAAAGGUUGUAACCAGUGAGGUGAAACUGGUCUCUCCUACAUACAUGCUUGCUAAUAACGUUUACAUAUACAUGUAGAAUGCAAACGCACCUUUUAGAAUUCUGACUGACGUCCAGACAAGUCAUGUCUUGCUCUGUAGUGUGAGCUCAAAUUUACCACCCCCAUGGUAUUUAUACUGCUGCCUCCUUGUUCUGUCAAAGUUCACUUAUUUUGCAUUAAAUCCAUUAUAUCUUAGCAAUAACAUGGCUGAAAAAAGCAUUCACUGUUAAAAAUAAAUUGAUAACUUGGUGAUAAGUAUGUCAUGUUUGGGUGUAAAUAGUUUCAGAAAUGCGAAAAGGCAAAAGUGACACAAAAACUAUCUGUAAGCGUGUCUUGUGUGUGUUUGUCUUUAUGACAGUUUUACAACAGCCACAGUUGUACAUUGAGUAGCAAUACGAGUACAUAACUAGAGAAUGAAAUUGCGUGUGAAUGCUAAAAGGAACGCUGCACUUUUUGGUGGAAUUUUGCCCAUCAUCCACAAUCCUUAUGAGACAUGAACAUAUACUGUAUGUCUUUCUCUUUUCUGUGCAUUCUGAAGACAUAAAAACAGAUAAAAAGAGGCAGCUAACAAUGCACAUAAUGGGACGCAGCUAUUCCACCUAUAAAGCCUUCUGAAAAAAUAUAAAGUUAAAUAUAAUAUAUAUAUAUGUGUUAAAAUAUACUAUAUAUUAAUAUAUAUAUAUUAAUAAUA